UUACGUGGCACUCUCGUUACCUGAAAGACUAAUUCAGGGCUAAAAUGUUCACUUCCACAGCCCGGUAGGCUGUUGUUUGACAGAUCCAAAAGACUUCUUAGCUUCGCUUUCCUGACUAUCGACUUGCUUCGGAUUAGUUUUACUCGAUAAAACGUAGUUAAACCUGUUUUAGGAUGAAAUCUGGUCCCAAUAUAAGUUUCAUUGUUUUAUUAAGAAGCUUGUUUGCUAACUAACUGCCAUUGCUAACGACAUCAGGCUAGCAACGGGGAGCCUCCCAACAGCUGGUAGAGCCACAUCUUCACCUUCUCCUUUCAGUUUUGUAGUUUAUAAAUAGUAUUCCUGUAUUUCUACGUCUGGAUAGAGGUGUGUUUCCUUUACAUAGGCAGCUAUUUUUACUUGUUUUUUUUUAUUUUUUCAAUAGGGGUCUACGAGUCAUUUAUAGCUUUCUCUCUCCUUUGUUUACAUGGAGACACUUCGUCAGAGAGGCUUUGUUUCCAUGAAGUGGUCCUAUUAAGACUGGACAAACAACAGGGCAACAAAGCUGGGAAAAUGGAAAUUAGGAGGUAGCUAAAAUUGUGCUGUUUCUCUACCAAAACAAGAGGAUGAACUGGGGUCUGUCAGGGGACAGCUGUGCCAGGUGGACUGUUUGACUUGCGUGGGUGUUGAAUAGAGAGGAGUCUGUUUGUUCCCAUUAAAGUUGAACGUUAUGUUAGAACACAUGAGGAGACUUGAUGCUAAAUCUCUGAGGAAACCGGGUCUCUGUUUUGGAACCGAUAUGUUGCUGAAGACGCUUCUGAUCGCCAGUCUUCUUGGCUGGGUGAAUUGUUUGGAGAAUCAGAGCAUGACACCAGAAGAGAAGACCAACAUCAGAAACCAAAUUCUGGAGAUGUUUGACCAUGCCUACGGAAGUUACAUGAAAUAUGCCUAUCCAGCAGAUGAGCUAAUGCCGCUAAGCUGCAAGGGGAGAGUGCGCGGAGAAGAGCCUAACAGAGGAGACAUCGACGACUCCUUGGGGAAGUUUUCUCUCACUCUGAUCGACACCCUAGAUACCUUAGUGGUGCUGAACAAGCUGGACGAGUUUGACGACGCAGUGAAGAAGGCUGUGAGGGACGUGCGCCUGGACAACGACGUGGUGGUGUCCGUGUUUGAGACCAACAUCAGGGUUUUGGGGUACAAAACAUGCUCGCGGGGGCUUUUGGGGGGACACGUGAUGGCUGACCUGCUCAGGCAGCGCGGGGAGAGGAUGCAGUGGUAUCGUGAUGAGCUCCUUCACAUGGCCGUCGAGCUGGGCCACAGACUGAUUCCUGCCUUCAACACCUCCAGUGGCCUUCCCUACCCUAAGGUGAAUCUGCGGUACGGCAUCUUGAACCCACUCUCGCGCACCGGCACCGAAUCGGACACGUGCACAGCGUGUGCAGGGACCAUGAUCCUGGAGUUUGCCGCUCUCAGCAGGCUGUCGGGAGAGUCUGUGUUUGAGGAACAUGCUAGGAAGGCCCUGGACGUCCUCUGGGAGAGGAGACAGAGAGGAAGUGACUUAGUCGGAACUGUGAUCAAUAUCCAUAAUGGAGAAUGGGUCAGGAAAGAUAGCGGUGUCGGCGCUGGAAUCGACUCGUACUACGAAUAUCUGAUGAAGGCCUACAUUCUUCUGGGAGACGAUACAUUUUUGCAGAGGUUCAACAUUCACUACAGUGCCAUUAUGAAGUACAUCAGCCAGCCUCCUCUCCUGCUCAAUGUGCACAUGCACAAUCCCACUGUGAGCGUUCGCAGCUGGAUGGAUUCGCUGCUCGCUUUCUUCCCUGGAUUACAGGUUUUAACAGGAGAUCUGAAACCAGCCAUAGAGACUCAUGAGAUGCUAUACCAAGUCACAAAGCAGCACAAGUUUCUCCCAGAGGCUUUUACCACAGAGUUCAGAGUUCACUGGGGUCAACACCUGCUGAGACCAGAGUUUGCAGAAAGCACCUACUACCUCUACAAGGCCACCGGUGACCCUUACUACCUCAGAGUGGGACAAUCCAUAGUGGAAAAACUCAAUGCCUUCGCCAGGGUGCCUUGCGGUUUUGCUGCUGUGCAGGACGUCCGCACCGGGACACAUGAAGACAGGAUGGACUCGUUCUUCCUGGCAGAGAUGUUCAAGUACCUCUACCUGCUGUUUUCGGAGAAGAGCCAGCUGCCGAUCAACAUGGACGACUACAUUUUCACCACGGAGGCCCACCUGCUGCCCGUCUCUCUGUCCACGACUCAAGUCACCGUCCAGACCAACGUUACGGAGGCUCCUGUUGCUCACGAUGAGGAUCUAUUUACGCACUCCUGCCCCAGCACAGAGACAUUGUUCCCCAACAACCCGUUGUUUGCCAAAACCAUUAGGGACGGCUACAAGUACCUGACCGGCGUGGGACGAGCCUUCACCCCUCUACCCAUCAGGGAAAUUGAGCUGCCGCUCCACGACAGCGGCAUGGAACCGGUGGAGUUCUUGAAGAGCAUGGGCAUCUCUCUCACUCCUCUGAAUGACUUUACCCUCGGAGACUCCAUUGGUUCAAAGCAGCAUAAAGGAGUGUUCCGCGUAAAGCUUGUCGCAGAAGUGAGCCAGACGAUAGAGGAGGAGCUGGUGGUGCCGCACGCCGUUCAGCUCAUAUCUCCUCCGUUUCUGGGCAGGACGGUCCUCACAGCAGGACCCGCCAAGUUUGGGAUGGAUCUGACCAAGCAGGAGCACGGGGUGAAAGGAACCAUAGUGAAAGCUUCCCCCUACACUGCCUGUGGGCCAAUAGAAAACGCAGCAGAGGUUAAAGGCCGUAUUGCACUUGCAUUACGCGGUGACUGCAUGUUUGCAGCCAAGGCUCGUUGGCUGCAGCAAGCUGGAGCCGGUGGAGUCAUCUUUAUAGAUCAUCGCGAAGGAAGUAACAGCGAGGAGACGCCCCUCUUCCAGAUGGUCGGAGACGGCGACUCCACCGAAGACAUCACCUUGCCUUUAGUGUUUCUGUUCAGCCGGGAGGGCGCCGUGCUCACCUCCGCCCUGGAGGAACAUCACAACGUGGAUGUGUUGCUGCUGCCGAAGGAGAGGCAGCUGGGACAUGAUAAAUCAGAAAAACCUGUCAGCAUGAACAUAAAACUCCGCCUGAGAGAGGAGGGGGGGUCGGAGGGCAGAGCAGCUCCAGGAACCACACUGGAGCUGGUUUUGGAGGACGAAGAGGUCCUCCUUAAAGAGACGGACGAAGAAGAGCUUGGCGGAAAACAACAGUCACAGCGCCAACAGGUCUGCUCUCAAAGCAGAACUGGACCCUGUUCUACAGACGCUCCGCAAGCCCUGAACUCCAAACCCGAGCCAGGCACAAACCCUUGACCGCUGUGGUUCCCUAAAGCUGCUGGCUAGUUGGUUUGUGAGCAGCAUGUGGCCCCUCUCUCUCUGCUCUGCAGCACAGCCUGCAUGUUUACAAUUAACAGAGAGGAUGUGAAUUUACGGCUCCAUGUUUAUGACACAGUGGGAUCAGAGGGACUCUGCUCUCAGCCGGAACAUGAGCUGGUCUCCUGUCGCCGUAGCUACAAACAGCUUGUGGCUGCGAUGUCGUGUCCCAGUAGAGCAGGAUUUAAGGUCGUCCUAACCUAGGGGGGAAGCUUAGAAGAGGUAACAAAAUGUAUGCAAUUUGCUUUUAAUCUAGAUUGCACCUUUUUUAACUUCUUCAAAAAUACUGUUUUGGCGGUCCGUAACGAUCGGUGGAGUCUUACUUGGCCAGUAGGUGGCGUCAGCUUCCAUAAACUCUCAGUUGCAACAUGUGUAAGGUGGAUGAAGGAGACAAGCUUGGGGUCUUUUGGAAAGUAAAUUUUGUACUAGGUAGAAACUUCAGGGACUUGAUGAGUGAAUGCAGUAUGCAAGAUUGACCAAUUUUAUUAUUUUUUUUUAAUGUGCACAUUUGAGGGGGAAUGUUUUGCACUUCUUCUGGCUAAUUAAAGAGUUAGCAUUAGACUGUGUGUGUAGUUUAUUAACUAGGCUAUAUUUAUAUAAAAAUGAAUCUCGGUUGAAACCUCUAAACCUAAUCAGGCAAAUAACAAAUAAGAAGAAAAAAUUGCGAGUAAUAUUUGAGAUUCAUUGCAGGCUUUGGUUCUUAAUAUUGUAUUUGUACAAAUUUUAGGAAAGCUAAUUUCAAAUUACCUUGUGAAAAAAGUGAAAAACACAUUCAAUCACCACCUUGCAGUCUGGGGUGAUCAUAUCCGAUCGUUAGCUCUGAACUUAUUGUAUAUUCCAACCGUGUUUAAAUCCCAUGGUGAUUCCUAAUAUAAAACCAAAGUUAAACAUCUCCACACAGAAAAAAAUGUUGUUCAACAUUUAGUUAUGAAUGUUUUCUUUUCAGGUGUGCAGCAAGAUUUCAUUUCACGUUUGUCACGGUUGCAUAAGAAAUAGAAAAAACUUUUCUCCCCAAGACAUUUGGAUGAGUUUUGGAUUUAUUUGCACCGGUUAGCAGUCCAGUUCACAUUGUGAAGUUUUUCACGGGCAUUAAUAUGUGCAAUGACUUUUUUUUUUUUUUUCUUCAGUCACUUUCUGUUGCUGGUUUUUGCUCUCACUACUCAUAAGUUGCACAUUUUCCACUUAAUGUUUUUUGACCAGUGGACUAUUUUUCACACUCAAAACUGAUUUUAGAUCAGAAAUCCGAUAGGAUUUUGUAGGGCAAGGAGACUUCUCUAAGAUUUAUUGCUAAGUUUUUUUUGUUUUGUUUCAUUUUUUUUUUUACCUCAGGUCUGUGCACAUUAUUCUUCAUGCAGAAUAAAAUGCCAAUAGAGGGCAAACCAAGGACACCUUUUUGUUUGAUAUUUUAUGUUAUUUAUUAUUAUUUCUCUGAUUAACAACUGCAGCCUAAAAUGUGCCAAAAGAGCUGUAAUAAUCUCUACACAUUAUGUUUUCUUUCAAGGUGCAAGCAGAGGGAGUCCUAUAGGUUUCGCUCUUUAACUAAUAUUUCUGUAAUUGAGCCUUUGCCAUACUUUUUUUUUUUAGCCUCGGAGAAAUAUUUUAGGAGCAUUUGAAUGUUUUUGGACUUGACGAUUUGCUUCUAAUUGUUGAUUUCUGUAUCCGUGGAGUGACAUUUUACGUUGACCAAUCGAGAAAAUAUGAGAGGUUCACCCAGGUGAAUUUGAGAAUAAAGAUAUUUGUAACUUCC